UUCAUUUUCCUAAUCUCUAUAUUUUCUCAUCACCAAACAGAAAAGAAAAAGAAAAAAACUAAUUAAGCAAAUCAUAAUCAAACCCACUAAUCUCUCUCUUUUAUGUUCAUUCAUCAGAAAUUAUACAAAUUUCCUGAUGAAACACGCAGCAAAUCUGAGACUGAGAGACAUAAUCGGAUUAAUCAAAGACAAAGCUUCUCAAAGCAAAGCCGCCAUUAUUUCUAAACCCAAAACUUUUUCUCUCAAAUUAUCCCUCCUCAGAGCAACCACCCAUGACCCUUUCACCCCACCAAAUUCAAAGCACAUCGAUACUAUUCUCUCUUACGGCCAUAGCUCACGCGCCACCGCUGCCGCCGCCAUCGAAGCGCUUAUGGACCGCCUUCAAUCGACUCAUGACUCGUCAGUAGCUAUCAAGUGCCUCAUAAUUGUUCAUCAUAUUAUAAAGCAUGGGAGUUUUAUUCUUCAGGAUCAGCUCUCUGUGUAUCCUUGUACUGGUGGAAGAAAUUACCUCAAGCUUUCAAGUUUUAGAGACAAUAUUACUCCAUUAACAUGGGAGUUAUCUUCAUGGGUUAGAUGGUAUGGAAGAUACCUUGAAAAUCUGUUAUCAACAUCAAGAACAUUGGGUUUUAUUCUUUGUUCAACUUCAAGCACAUCGGAGAAAGAUAAAGAAGAAGAGAAAGUUUCAGCACUAACAAACUCCGAUCUACUCAAAGAACUUGAUUCUUUAUCAAAUUUAAUGGAAGAAACGAGCAGAAGACCAGGUUCUUUGCAUUUGAAAGACAAUGAAUUAGUGGACCAGAUCAUAAGUUUGGUGGGUGAAGAUUACUUGUCGUCAAUAAACGAAAUCGCGGUACGAGUUGACGAGUUUAACCAAAGACUGAGUUGUUUGAGUUUUGCUGACUCGGUCGAGUUAGUAUGUGUUUUGAAAAGAUUAGAAGAUUGUAAAGACAAGGUUUUAGCCUUGUCUACAAGGAAGAAAGCAUUGGUUGAGGGAUUAUGGUGUUUGAUUAGUGAAAUGAAAGAAAAAGUUGGGAUUGGAAAACAAGGGGAUAGAGAAGAUGGAAGAUUGUUUCUUACCAUGGGAAGAAAUGAGUCGGCUCGGUUUACGGACCGAGUUUUAAGCUACGGUAACUCGGUUAUGUUUUCUUCUUUAAGAUUUGGAUAGAAUAAUGGAUGAGAAGUAUUGUUAGUAAAAGUUGGAGUGUUUGAGGUGUGAAUAGUUAGAUAAAUUUUUUGGUUGUCAAAAUUACUAGACAUUCUUUUGUCAACUAGUUCAUCUUGAAUUUUGAACUAUCAAUUGAAAACAUGACAAGUGGUAUAAUUAUUGAUUAUUUUAUUAA